AAGAAUAGAAGAACCAUAUGGAAAAUGAACUCCUUGCUUUUUGACAUCUUGAAAACAAAAAAAAACUAAUCACAAAAUUUUGAUUUGCUGACAUUGAAUGCAUUUUUAUACAUAUUUUCUUAAAAAAACAGUUUUUUCAAGCGUACAAUUCUACUAAGGUUCGAAAAGCAGCAUAGCUAGCAAAAAUGGACGAUUUGAUCACCUUGAUUCGGACAGAAAUUCCUGAGGGAAGGCAAAAUUUGCAGGAAAGUUAUACAAAUUUGGAGCGAGUUGCUGAAUACUGUGAGGACACUUACUAUCGUUCUGAUAACAAGAAGGCGUCUCUGGAGGAAACCAAAAACUACACUACCCAAUCGUUGGCUAGUGUUGCAUAUCAAAUCAACACGUUGGCAUACAAUUUUCUACAGCUGAUGGACCUCCAGGCCACCCAGAUGGCCGAAAUGGAGUCUCAAAUGAAUCACAUUUCGCAGACAGUAAUGAUCCACAAGGAAAAAGUGGCUCGUAGAGAGAUUGGUGUUCUGACGGCUAACAAAGUCAGCACGAGACAGUACAAGAUUGUCGCUCCUUUAAAUCCCGAGAAACCUAUCAAAUAUGUGCGAAAACCUAUUGAUUAUGGGUUGUUGGAUGAGAUUGGACAUGGCAUAGCUUUGACUAAUAACAACCAAAAGAAGCACCGCAUUUCCAGUCAGGGUUCAAUCCAAUCCCUCUCAGUGAACAAUAUUUCGGUUGGUCCGCCACCAACUACAAAGCCACCAACGCCACCGCAGAUGACUCGCAGUGCUGGACACACGGGAACUCUCGGUAAGAACGCCAGCAAUACGGGCACAUUGGGCAAAUCAUCGAGAGAGUAUCGCACCCCACCGGUGGUGAUUCCACCGCAAGUUCCAUCGCAUUAUGCUCCCAACUUUCCGGUUGGACAUCCUCGACGUACGUCCGGUGGUGGCGGUGGCAGUGGGGAACGCGGCCCAGGCUACAGCGCUCUUCCAAUGCCACCGAGUCAGAUUGCGAUGCACCAUCCGCCGCAGGUGGGAAUGGUUCACCCGCUGGCAACGACUCAGCACCAGUCGACAUUCGAUGAGCGCAAUAGCAUGCCACCUCCACCGUCACCGCUUACGGUUACACAUGAGAUGCCCGAUCACGGUCACAUAGGCAUGCACACGCUUAGUCGGAACAUGCCGCGUCCGGGAUCUCAAUCUCCACCAUUGCCACCGCCUCCUCCUCCCGAGGAGUCCGAUCACGCUGACUUUGGACGACCGAGGAACACUCAAAGCUUAGUGGCGGCUAUCGUUCCGGAUGACCAGAACCUUCCCGGCUGGGUACCGAAGAACUACAUCGAAAAGGUGGUCGCUAUUUACGACUACUAUGCCGACAAGGAUGAUGAGUUGAGCUUCCAAGAGAGCUCUGUUCUGUAUGUGUUAAAGAAAAACGACGACGGGUGGUGGGAAGGCGUUAUGGAUGGCGUAACAGGACUUUUCCCCGGAAAUUAUGUCGAACCAUGCGUAUAGAUUCAACUAUUAUCGAUCGUAAACCAAUUUAACAUAAUAUAAACACUAUAAUGUUAUUUAAUUUCAUUUCAUAUAAGCAUAGAACAUCAACAAAUUCCAAUAUAUGAUACCAUGCAAUUUAUUCAA